GCAGGCAGACCGCAGGACCAGAUGCAAGCAUGCUUCUUUCGCGCCCUUCCUAGACGCUUCGGAGCGUGCAAUGUCACAGUCAGCGCGCCCAAGAUCAACCAUGUCCGCCUAUUCCACCCAUCACCAUGCCGACUGGCGCAGGUCGCUAAGGUGCAAUCCGAGCUCGAGAAGCGCAUUGCCGCCAUCCCGAUAGAGCGCUUCCGCAACUUCUGUAUUGUCGCUCACGUUGAUCACGGAAAGAGUACAUUGAGCGACCGCCUGCUGGAGAUUACUGGUGUCAUUGAAAAAGGUGGAAAUGCUCAGAGUCUGGACAGACUCGAUGUUGAGCGAGAAAGAGGUAUCACGGUCAAGGCUCAGACAUGUACCAUGCUCUAUAAUCACAAGGGCUUGGACUACAUGCUGCACCUGGUCGACACGCCUGGCCACGUCGACUUUAGAGCAGAGGUCUCACGAAGUUAUGCCAGUUGCGGCGGAGUAGUCGAUGCAAGUCAAGGUGUGCAGGCACAGACUGUGGCCAACUUCUACCUCGCCUUCUCCCAAGGCCUCACUCUCGUUCCCGUCAUCAACAAGAUCGAUCUACCUACAGCCGACGCCCCACGCGCACUUGAACAGAUCAAGGACACCUUCGAGUUGGAUCCGAACAAAGCCGUUCUAGUCUCGGCCAAGUCUGGUAUCAACGUUGAGGCAUUGCUCCCGAGCGUUGUCGAGAACAUACCAGCUCCUGUAGGAGACGAAAAUAAGCCGCUUCGUCUUCUCCUGGUAGAUUCGUGGUACGACAACUACAAGGGUGUCAUCUUACUGGUUCGCAUCUUCCAAGGCCAGGUCAAGCCUGGUGACCAUGUCACUUCGUUCGCUACUGGCAUCAAAUACUAUGUUGGCGAGGUCGGAAUCAUGUANCCCCUGCAAACCCCCAUGACUGUCUUGCGGGCAGGCCAGGUCGGCUACAUUUACUUCAAUCCUGGAAUGAAGCGUUCGCAAGACGCCAAAGUCGGUGAUACCUACACCACUGUCGGCUCGGAGAAGCUGGUAGAGAUGCUGCCUGGCUUUGAGGAGCCUAAGCCCAUGGUUUUCGUCGCUGCCUUUCCCGUCGACCAGAGCAACUACGAACAUCUGGAGGACAGCAUCAACCAAAUUGUGCUGAACGACCGUAGUGUCUAUGUCCAGAAAGAGUCAUCGGAAGCUCUAGGUGCGGGCUGGCGUCUCGGUUUCUUAGGCACAUUGCAUUGCUCUGUCUUUGAGGAUCGCCUUCGACAAGAGCAUGGAGCGAGUAUCAUCAUCACUCCGCCAUCCGUACCAUUCAAGAUCAUCGACCCCAAGGGCAAGGAGACGAUCGUGUCGAAUCCGAACGACUUCCCUGAAACCGACGCGCUUCACCAAAAGGUGCAGGAGCUUCAAGAGCCUUUUGUUCUUGCUACCAUCACUAUGCCUGAAGAAUAUCUUGGCAAAGUCAUCGAGCUAUGCGAAGGCAACCGAGGUGUACAGAGCGAGCUUACAUUCUUCACAUCAACACAAGUAAUCCUGAAGUAUGAACUUCCGCUAGCGCAACUUGUAGAUGACUUCUUUGGCAAGCUCAAGGGCUUGACCAAGGGCUAUGCAUCCCUCGAUUACGAAGAUGCUGGCUGGCGCAAGUCCAGCAUCAUCAAAUUGCAACUGCACGUCAACAAAAUACCUGUUGAUGCAGUCGCUCGUGUUUGCCAUCACAGUCAAGCCGAGCGCAUCGGCAAGCAAUGGGUCACUAAAUUCAAAGAGCAUGUCGAUCGACAAAUGUUUGAGAUUGUCAUUCAAGCUGUUGCUGGCAGAAGGAUUGUGGCUCGUGAAACCAUCAAGCCUUUCCGAAAGGAUGUUCUGGCGAAGCUUCACGCAGCCGAUACCAGUAGAAGAAGGAAGUUGCUCGAAAGACAAAAGGAAGGAAGGAAGAAGCUGAGAGCUGUUGGCAACGUCCCACUCGGCGAAGGUGGCAUGGGGAUAGUACAUCUCUGGUGCUGCAUCGACGGCCAAGGUCGUAUUUUGGACCGAGUCAUUGUAAAACAGGUACAUCCUGGAGUGUUUACUUGGGAGCGGAAAGAGACCUGGCGCAAUGGAGAGGUUGGAGGCGAACCGAGGGAAUGCAUGUUAGGCAACGAGAUAUUCGAAAACUUGGAGAACUCAAACUCAGGCAGUGGGAGGUUUGUCACACAAUGCCUUGGUUACGGAGGGAUGCAGGAUCCUAUCGGUCCAAAUCCGCAAGCAGACCCUGAUGCUAAACUCCAUUUCCAAUGGACUGGCAGAUACCCAUACAGACUCAUAGCGGGUUACAGGCUCUACUUCGAGUACUGCCCUUUUGGCGAUUUGGGAGACGCCAUUCAACGACAAAAGCUGGCUCGGGAACCUUUCCACGAAGGAUUCAUCUGGAUGACAUUCGAAGCGCUUGCAGAAGCCACUGUAGCAAUGGAACAGUCCAACAUUGUACACGCGGACAUUCAGACAGGCAAUAUCUUGCUAUCGAACAGCGAUCCUCAGCGAUUCAAAAUCUGGCCAAUCCCCAAGCUGGCUGAUUUUGGAGCAUCCCACAUCAUCGAUGAAGCCACGAGACAUCGAUUCACAGGAAGCAUGGAAGCAAUGCACCCAUACUUCACACCACCGGAGCUUACCAGAGAUUCUAACAACUCGGACUGGGCCGUCCCCGGCUUGCAUGUCACCGACAAGACGAACGUGUGGAGCAUUGGUCUAAUAAUCUGUUGUAUGAUACGCUUAGAGCCAACACUCCCAGAAACCGCACGUGUUGACCCUCCGACCGCACAGCAACUUCGAUUUGAUAUACCCACUCAGAGAGAGAUCAGAAAAUUCCAACAUAGCUCAGUCAACUACAGCCAGGAUCUGCGAAAACUUGCUCGAGCUUGUUUGAAGUAUGAACAGGCUGACAGACCAACACCCAAGCAGUUGUUGAGAGAAGUCAGACGAUUGAUGGCUGGUCACCUUGGUGGAUUUGAUACCUAUGGGGUGGGUAAGAAUAUUCCAUGGAACAAGAAAGAGAGGCUGCAAGGAAGACUGAAAGACGAGUGGGCGCCUGGAGUUGGGACUGAUAUUCGCCUGAGGAAUGUGGCAAACAGGUUGACUUCAAGGUUCUUGAACUGGCGUUUCAGAGCACCGCAACGCAGAGCCAGGACCGCACCGAGAUUACAACAAGGCCAAUGGCUGCCCAUCCAACCUUCUCGUGACGCGGCUGGACAAGAACAAGCACUUGGAGACGGAGGACAAGGCAUAGUACACCUCUGGUGUUGCGUCGAUGCUAACAAUCGCAUUGUCGACCGUGUCAUCAUCAAGAACAUCUUUCCGGGGACCGAGGCUUGGGCCAUGCCGAACAUGUGGAAGGAUGGGAUCAUCGGAGGCGAACCACGAGAAGCCAUGAUUGGCAACGAAGUGUACGACCAACUGGAAGCUGCGAAUCCUGGGGACGGACAGUACAUUACAACAUGCCUUGGUUAUGGCGGCAUACACGAUCCUUUCAGAUACGAUACGAACGGAAUCAUCGAGUCCUACCCAGAUCCGCUAUUGGGAGAUCAAACCCUAGGAGGUGUACCGCAAUACCGCGAUCCAAUGGCGGGAACGCCUAUAACUUACAGGAUACCGAGUUACAGACUUGUCAACUACGAAGGGGCAAUGCAGGAGGCAUUUGUACCUCCGUUUCCAGGAGCUCGCUCAAGGGGUUACGACGGAGAGACUGGAGAGCUACAAUACGAAGUACCGGGCUUGAAAGUGACGCACAAGACCAAUGUAUGGCAAAUUGGCAUGCUCAUCGCUUGCAUGAUGCGUAUCGAUGCCUACCUCCCGGAAACCGACUGGCGUUCGGGGCCAUUCAAUGUUCCACCUAAUACCGAACUCCGCUUCGACGAUCUCACCCGCCGAGAACUCAAAGGCACUUGCUUCCAACAUCACAACUGCAAUUACAGUGCCGAGUUGAUAGGGCUUGUGAAGCAAUGCAUGAGAUAUCACUCGACUCAAAGACCAGCACCGCGAAAGCUGUUGGAACUGGUCCAAGAGCGGAUGCAAGGUCGGUGUGGUGGCAUGGAGACUUAUACUGGAGGUGACAGUGGAAAGAUCCCGUGGAAUAAGAAGGAGAAGCUUCGGGGUUUGCAGGAGGAUCAAUAUCCACUCCACAAGGAUGCUAACAUAGUGCUCGCUUGA